AUGGAAACGCGCCCCCAAAAGAGGAAAGCUGUUCGCCGCAGUUCUGCCAAUUAUUAUAUAACUGCAGAAGAUCACGUAGAUAACGAGGUUAAACAUGAACGUCUUUUGACAGAGACCUCCCGGCUCUCGUCUUCUUGGGCAAGUCUUCGUCUAUCUGGGCUUGACAAGGGCGAUAGCUCUGAUUACACAGACUCACUUCCCGGAUCAGCUGGCAGCAGUCCCACACCACAGCGUCCUCACUCUUUCAGUGGGCCACUUGUAAUUUCUGUAACGUGUUCUAGCUCUGGCAAUAUAAGUUGUGCUAAUCCGGUAGCCUGUAUUAAUUCUGGAUACGGAGCCUCUCCUUCCAGCCCAAUCUUGAUGCUGGGUUCUCCGUGUCAUGCUUCGCCAGCAGCUUCUCCUGUUUCAUCUAGAGUUCAAUGUUAUUCACCUGGAAUUGGUCCUACUUGUCCUUUCCUUUCUUGCAAAAAAUCAUAUAGCAAUGGAAACAGCGCUAGUCCUCUCUUUGUAACGACGACAAGGCGAAAGCGUGCUUACCCUACCAUUCUUUCAUGUGGUAAUUCUAGCACCGAGGCAAGCCGCGAAAGCUCUCCUGAUCCUUUUCCUGGACGUAGCGUGAAAACGAUUCGUCCUUCUGAGCCAUGUUCUACGAGGAUAUCGUUAGUUAAUUCCACUGUCCCUCCGGAAGUGCUCGCAUCAUUUCGCUGGCCCCCGAUGCCCCCAUCUGCUCCAUUCCCUUCCAGUCCGUCUACUAGUCAUUCUUCGGUUGGCAAUUCAGGUUGCUUAAAUGCUCCUAGUAGUCCUUCAACUGCAAGCUUACCUUCUCCUCGUCUCUCACUUACAUCAAGUGCCAGUGCCAUCCUCACUUAUCCUAGCUCUCCGUCUGCUUCCUUGAUUGGAUCAUCAGAUAUUCCAUUUUCAAUAAACACAAAUAAUGGUUUGCGUUCUCAGGCCGACGCCUCUUCCGAUUAUCCUAAAUGUGAGCAACAUGAUUCAGUUAGCUCGCCUCCCUUAGAUCAUGCUGCUUCUCCCACUGCCUUGAUCCUCUCAGAUAGUUUAUGGGAAAAUGAAGAAGACCAUGACUCAUCCAUUCGUAUGUAA